AUGGAUUAUACAUUUAUAUAAAAUAGUGAGAAUUUCAAUUUCUAUGGAUUGUUCUCCUAUUUCAAAUUAUCUUUUUAGCAAGACUUACAAUUAAGCUAAAUGAUUCAGAAAACCAAAGAAGAGGAUACUCUUGAGAAAAGAAUAUGCGAUCCAGAAUUUUCAUAUAAUCCAAAAUUAUUUAGUAUCACCAAUUAUCCUAAAAGUUUUAAUCUAAACAAUAUCAUAAAAUAUUCGCAAAAGGAUACUAAGUAAAAAAUAAUGUCUUGCAAAUUAUAUGGGCUAUAAUUUAAGGAUUAAUAUUUUUAUGUUUUAGGUCUUCGAUCUUUACUUUAUUAACCUAUAACUUUUGAGUAAAGUCUGUAAUAAAUGUCUAGAAGAUUAUAUCCUUGGGUAGCUUUUGAUGUUUUCCUCAAAAAGAAACUAUUAGUGCUAUUUUUUAACUUUAUUGAUCACGUUUAUUGUGAGAUAUAUGAUGGAGAAUAACCCAAGAUUAUUCAUUUCGUUUAAUUAGAAAAAGUGACUUAUGGAUUCUAAUUAGAUGAAAUAAUAGUAACAAAUAAUAAUAAAUGCAUCAUCUAUAGGGCUAGAUAUUAGGAAUAAAGAAAUUAUAUAGCUGAGGUCUUUCGAUUUGCCAUUGCCAAAGAUCUAGAAAUAAAAGUAAUGUCUCAUUUUAUCAAUCCCAAUGAUUCAGAUUUUAGAACUAAAAUGAUAGAGCAAGAAAAUAGUUUAAAAGUUGUGUAACAAUCAACCUUUAAAUUAAUUAGAAAUGAUAGGGUCGUUCCUCCCUCACCUUUACUCACAUAUAAAGGUAGAAUUAUUUGUGAUUAUUUAUCCACUCCUUUACAUGGGAAUUUUACAUAUUAUAUUAGUUUAGGUCAAAACAAUAUAGUUCAACAUAAAUAUCCUCAAAAUUUUGUUACCAUCAUACCUUAUAUGUCAGAUCAAUUUUACUUAGAAGAAACUUAAUGCUAAACUUGUUUAGGAUUGCAUGUUGGUAAACAACUAAAUUAUGCUUAUUUUGGAAGUUCUUAAGAAAGAGAAAACUUUUAAAAUGCUAUAAGAGCUAGAAAGAGUGGAGUUAUUAAUUUAGACGUAAUUUUUAUUCAUUUUGAAGAGGAUAGUUUAGAUAGAUUAGUUUAAUUUAAAAGAAUCAAAUUAAAAGAAAUAAAUCAACGAAUUGAAUAAACAGAAUAAUAGUUACAAUAAUUAUAAUCAAUAAAAAAUGAAUUAGAAAUGGAUGUGAUAGAAGGAGAAUUGAAUUCAGCCGUUAAACUCAAAUACAGUAGUUUAAUGAUGUAAUCAUAAUCAAUACUGCAUGAAGUAUCAGGUUUUGAUUCUCCAAGUUUCUUGUAAUAAAAAUGA